AUGAAAAGGUUUUCACUGAUUGUAUUUUUGGAAGUUGAUAAUGAUGUUCGGGAUAAAGUUAACGAUGAACCUAUUGCACCAGGAACUGUUGGUUCCACUAAUGUUGUAGCUACUGUUUGUCCAUCCCAUAUUAUAGUUUCAAACUGUGGUAAUUCUAGAGCGGUUUUGUACUGUGGCCAUAUACCAGAACAGAACCACCCUGCUGCAUCAAACACUAACCAGCCCGAACAUGCUUCAAGCCCUUUGUCUUUAGUUCGAACAUGUCCACAUAUUCUACGAGAAAAGUUGUUGCUGCCUGCAUCAAAUAGCCAAACAUAA